CUAGUGUCACCUGUCAUUACCCAGAGUCACCCAGAGUCACCUAAAGUUAGCUUGAGUCACCUAAAGUCACCCGAAUUAAGAUCUGAGGGCGGUGUAGUGUGGCGUGAUCUGGCGAGUUUUGGGCGGGUGUUGUCGUGCCUGGCUCCCUCUGUUGGCGCGACUCUCAGGCAGGACAAGCCAAGGCCUCGACCCGCCGCUUAUAACUGUCCGUGCCGGGGCGGAGGGUUCAGUCCGUCCCUAGGGCCCCGACGUCGAGCACACGCUCCCUCUUACCCCCACCCGGGAAGCCAGCCAGCCAGGGACAGCCCUUGUAACUCCGGAGUGUCCCUAGCAGUGCCAGUGCUCGCGGGAAUCCAUCCACUCUUCCUCCACGAACGGAACUCACGAGCCUAAAAGAAAGGAGUUACCCAGCCCAGCGGGACGGGCCCAAACACAAGUCUUGUCUGAGUGUGGUGAUGAAGUGUUGACGUUGUUGUUGUUGUUGUCGUUGUUGUUGUGAUGAGUGCUCGUGUCACACCCGCGGGGAGAUAACACUUGUCUUGACCACACCACACAACAGAGGUUUAGUACCACCUUCACCGGGACUUAUUACAUACUGCUUUUUGUUGUGAGCUGAAGACAAUAAUACUCAUUGGAUCUACCCUGCCACCUCUACUGCGUCUGUCACCAGGAUGAGUGCCAAACAGUGCCUACUGAGGGUGGCCCUGGCGUGUGUCACCUGCCUCACCGCCCACGCCCACAUUAAUUCACAGAUCCACAAGUCUAUGAGCACAGAAGACCUACAGCGAAUCUUUCAGGUGGAGUCACACGAUCAAGUGCCGGAAUAUGACGUGGCGCGGUUACGGUCGCGUUUGAAGCGGAGUACGGACGGGGAGGCGAUACGGACGGUCCAUCUACGGGCGCUGGGAUCGACUAGGAUCCUUAACCUACGACCUAACCUGGACUUAGCCCGUCGUGUCCCACUCUUCUACGCCGACCGUGACGAUUUGGGCGGCGUUACGGUCACACCUACGCAAUAUGGCCAGGAGCUAGGAGUGCCACAUCAGGACGAAGGGACUCUGGCAGCAGUGACUGUUGCCCAUCACCCCCUGACCGGCGCCCUUACCUUGGAUGGGACGGUGGGAGAAGACCUGGUAGUUCGCCCCCUCCCGACGCAGCUGUACUCACAAGCUCAGGGAGAGGAGGAAGCCAGCCCCAACCACCUGCCGCCUCCUGACGACGAGUUCUUCAUAGACGACUUAGAGAACCUCGACGACCAGAUGGUAUUCAGCGACGGUCUCCCAUUGGCCGGGGACGACGAUACGGGUUCUCUGCUAGACCUCGAGAGACCGCAAGGCAACAAUGACGUCAACGGAAGCCUACCAGAGGGCCUGACGUUACUGAGGCGACGCAGGGACAGUGAUUCUGAAGGCUUGCACAUCGUCUACAGGAGAGCCAGUCCAGGGAUUGACAGUGACUACGCGCUGAUGGAGCUUGAUCACAUCCCCGCCAGGAGCCCAGACGCCCGGCCCAGACGUAAGAGGAGCGCCCCCUACAUUAUCUACCCGGAGAUUCUUGUUCUGGUCGACUAUGAUGGCUACUUGCUCCACGGUCAGGACAACAGCCAGAUCAAGAGCUACUAUGUGUCUUUCUGGAACGGCGUCGACCUUCGCUACAAGCUACUGAAGGGGCCCAGAGUUAAGGUCUCUAUAGCUGGUAUCAUCAUCUCUAGGAGCCGUGACGCCAUGCCCUACCUGGAGAAGAAUCGAGUGGGGCGCGACGCGAUAGACUCAGCCAGUGCCCUCACAGACAUGGGCAAGUACCUGUAUCAAGAGCGUCGUCUUCCCACCUACGAUAUCGCCGUCGCUAUCACCAAGUACGAUUUGUGUCGUCGACGAAAGAGCGGGAGAUGCACGACAGGUACAGCCGGAUUCGCUUACGUGGGAGGAGCCUGUGUCGUCAACAAGAGGCUGCAGAAGGUCAACUCGGUGGCCAUCGUGGAGGACACUGGGGGUUUCUCUGGCAUCAUUGUCGCGGCUCAUGAAGUUGGACACCUAUUGGGGGCAGUUCACGAUGGGUCUCCCCCACCUUCCUAUCUUGGGGGUCCAGGUGCUCGAAGAUGUCGUUGGGAGGACGGCUACAUCAUGAGUGACUUGAGACAUACAGAGAAGGGCUUUAGGUGGUCAUCAUGCUCAGUUGAACAGUUCCACCAUUUCCUCAACGGAGACACAGCUACAUGCUUGUACAACUUACCCCACGAGGACGAGUCCCUACCUCGAGUAUUACCAGGCAAGCUGCUCUCUCUCGACGCCCAAUGCAAGAAAGACCGUGGAACUUCGGCGUGUUUUAAGGAUGACCGUGUGUGCGCCCAGCUCUUCUGCUUCGACUCCUCCAGCGGUUACUGCGUCUCCUACCGCCCUGCCGCCGAGGGGUCAGACUGCGGCAACGGGAAGAUCUGCAGCAAUGGCCGAUGUGUCUUUGAUAAUGGCAACUCCAUCUCUGACUUUGAUAUUAGCAGAUCCGGAGAACAUUUUAUAUUCCAGUCGACUCAGAUCAAACCUGUUCCUACC